AUGCCACGUCUUCGUGGAAGAGCAAAAAACAUUGGUCGACGUUCUCAUAAUCCGCAAAUUGCCCGUAACCACCGAUUGAACAGAACAGUAGAAGAGCACUUGACAACUAAUGCCAAUGUAAGAGAACAAAUAGCAAACUCACGUGCAAAUGAGAAUUCAGAGCAACGCAAUCAACGUCUUCGUGCUAAUACAUUAAGGCAACGAGAGGCACGUCAACGAGUGUCCGACGCUCACAGAGCAAAUGAACGACAGCGGAACCAAAAUCGUCGAGCACUGACACGAGCAUCAUUCAACCGUCUUGCUUUUGAAUAUGAUCCUGAAGUAGACAAUUCAUCACAUUCGCCAAUUAUGAUUGGUAGUAUGGACAAUGAAUGUCAAUAUUGUCAUGCUUUUAAAUACAAAGGUGAAUCGGCCGGUUUAUGUUGCACAUCUGGAAAAAUUUCUCUGCCAUCACUAAGUCCGCCACCAGAACCUUUAAAAACGCUAUUAGCUGGAAACACAUCUCAAUCAAAGUUAUUUUUGCGUAAAAUCCGUAAUUUUAAUUCUUGCUUCCAAAUGACCUCUUUUGGAGCAACAAAAAUUGUUCAUAAUGAAGAUGGUCGCAAUUUUGAAUCUACAUUCAAGAUUCAAGGUCAAGUCUACCACCAAAUAGGUUCAUUGCUUCCAAUGCCUGAUGCCGAUCCAAAAUUCUUACAAAUUUGCUUCAUGGGCGAUGAGGAAAAACAAGCUAAUACACGCUGUGCAUAUAAUCGUAUAGAGCAGAUAGAGGAGCGAGAAAUCGUUGAAAUUUUGGAAACGUUCUUGCAAAGCAAUAACCAAUUAGUACGAUUAUUCAAGUCUCUUUCAAACAGACUGCAAAACGACAACUGCGUCAUUGUCAUUAAAGCGGACAAAGUGCCUAAUAGAGAGCACGCAGGCACAUAUAAUGUUCCAACUGUGAAUGAAGUUGCAGUUGUUAUGGCUGGUGAUCCAACUGAACAUCGAGAUAUACGUACAUAUACAACGCAGAGAUAA